AUGAAACUAGACAUGUUACCUGAUCCUUGCCCAGCUGAAGAUGCAGCAAAAGGAGCAUACCCAACGUGUAACGGUGUUUUUGGUGCUCAGGGACCACGACGCUUUCCAUGCACUCACUGUCCAAAGACCUUCUCCCAAAAGUUUCAUCUGCAGCAGCACAUUCGCAUUGUGCAUGAAGGCAUGCAGCCUUUCAAGUGUCCUGCAUGUAGGCAGAACUUCACUACUAAUUCCAACCUGAAACAGCACAUUCGCAGGCGGCAUCCAUCGCUAGUGGAUGCAGGCUUUCUCAGUGCCCUUGACAACAGAACUAAGAAAAAACGUAGUGCAGUUCACCAGGAAGCUGAGAAACACGUAUUGGCAGUUGAUAUCGUUGAUCCACUAGACAUGUUACCUGAUCCUUGCCCAGCUGAAGAUGCAGCAAAAGGAGCAUACCCAACGUGUAACGGUGUUUUUGGUGCUCAGGGACCACGACGCUUUCCAUGCACUCACUGUCCAAAGACCUUCUCCCAAAAGUUUCAUCUGCAGCAGCACAUUCGCAUUGUGCAUGAAGGCAUGCAGCCUUUCAAGUGUCCUGCAUGUAGGCAGAACUUCACUACUAAUUCCAACCUGAAACAGCACAUUCGCAGGCGGCAUCCAUCGCUAGUGGAUGCAGGCUUUCUCAGUGCCCUUGACAACAGAACUAAGAAAAAACGUAGUGCAGUUCACCAGGAAGCUGAGAAACACGUAUUGGCAGUUGAUAUCGUUGAUCCAGUGUCUCCAGUUGAGACGAGACACUUGUGUCAGAUGUGUCACUCGUCCUUCAGACGUAAGUCGGAUGCCAUAGACCAUGUGAAGGUGUAUCACUUUGGGGAGAGACACACGUGUGACAAGUGCGGGAAGGAGAUGCUGUCCCGCAAGUCCCUGUCUUCUCAUUCCUGCCCCAGUGUAGAGGUGGUGCGACCUUACCACUGUGAUGUUUGUGGGAAGCAGUUCCUCCAGAAGUCACAUCUCAUGCAGCAUCUGAAGCUGCACCUGGGCAUCAAGGAGUUCCGUUGCGACCAGUGUGGGCGAGGCUAUGCACGUCGAAGUUACUUUGCCAAGCACCGUUGCCCCACACAGCUGCUUGCAUCUGGCACCCCCCUACUCCCUAUG